UAAAUGGAUCCCGAUCCAAGCUGGGCUGAUGAUUGUAGAGAGUAAUGCACAAGCUCCGACUGAAGGGCGGUGCCAACUGAAAAUCCACCUCCUACUAUUGGUCAAGGAGGAGGAGAAGGGGCUCGGGAAGCCUUUCUCCAAAUGAUGAAUGCUUGGUAUACUGAGUUCGUUCGUACGAACCCGAAUGCACAACCUCCCCCACCUCCCCCGAUUCCUCAACCUGUACCUCCGAUGCCUCAAGGUGUAGAUCUGAUGAAAUUUCAUAGAACUCCAAUUGACAGAAUCCGUAAACAAGGGGCCGAAGAAUUCAGGGCAAAUAUUGAUGAUGAUGCAGAGAAAGCAGAGUUUUGGCUCGAGAAUUCUAUUCGAGUAUUUGAUGAAUUGUCUUGUACACCUGAGGAAUGUUUGAAAUGUGCUAUAUCAUUGUUGAGGAAUUCAGCUUAUCAUUGGUGGAAGACAUUGACUUCAGUAGUACCGAAAGAGAAAGUAACUUGGGAGUUUUUUCAAGAAGAAUUUCGGAAGAAAUACAUCAGUGAAAGAUUUGUUGAUCAGAAGCGUAAAGAGUUUCUUGAAUUGAAGCAGGGGAACAUGACAGUUACUGAAUACGAAAAGGAGUUCGUCAGGUUGAGUAAGUAUGCUAGAGAAUACAUUCCUACAGAGGCUAAAAUGUGUAGGCGAUUUGAAGACGGACUCAAUGAAGACAUCAAAGUAUUUGUUGCGAUUCUUGAAUUAAAAGAAAUGGUAGUACUUGUUGAUCGAGCUUGCAAGGCUGAAGAACUACUUAAAGAGAAGAAAAAAGUAGAGGCUGAGACUAGAAAUUGGAAGAAAAGACCGACGAGUAGUUCAUUCUCACAGCAAUCUAGGAAAUCUAGAAAUAUGUAUUCUCGUCCUCAGAUUUCGGCCGGACAAUCAUAUGGAAAUUUUAAAAGCAAAAUGUGGGUCUUAAAUCUCAGACUACUUCUGCAGCUAGUGUGGGGAAUUCGAGAUUUGUUAAGCCCGAGUGCCAGCGGUGUGGUAGAAAUCAUUUUGGCCCAUGUAGAGCAAAUGAAUGUUUUCAAUGUGGUUCUCCAGAUCAUUUUAUUAGAGACUGCCCAGAGAGAGUUGAGAAAGAAAAAUUUCUGAGUGUAAAAGCUAGUGGUGCAGACUCGAGAGGAAGAUAUUCGAGAAAAGCUGGAAAUGAAGCAAGCAGCAAGAAUGUAGCCAAAGAUUCAGCAGCUAAAUCUGAAGUACGGGCUCCAGCUAGAACUUAUGCCAUAAAGGCACGUGAAGAUGCUUCAUCACCCGAUGUGAUUACUGAUCAAGAGAAACGAGAUUCAAGUCGUGAUCGGGGGAAAAACAAAGUUUACGAGGAAUAGGCUCGAUUGUUAAAAAUUUUGUACCGAGUUUUAACAAGCCGGCUUGAGAAUUGGGAUAGGUCGAAGACUGUUCACACUAUCCGAAGGCCUAAAUUGGUAAAAUGGCUUGUGUGUUUUGAAUGUGGCAUGUAUGGCAAAAUACUCACUUUGUGUAAAUGAUCUUAUGAUAUGGCUAUGGUUUGGAAAGAAAAGGGUUUGUAAA